CCUAGAUCCAAUUUUUACCGGAAAAUUUUCUAUAUAAGUGGCUUUCCGUAGCCAACUUAGAACACAACUUAACGACAGUCGACAAUGGCUUCUAUUAGCUUGUCCGCUGUUCCCACUACUUCAUUGUCCUCUCGACCACCCUUAUUUUCCAAAACAUCCAGUACCUAUUGCUUCAAAGUCUCAUGCAAGUCAUCCAUGGAUGACCACUCGGAAAACAACCCGAAGCUCAUACUUCCCAUGCAGAACGUAGACCGGAGAAACAUGCUCCUGGGCCUUGGCAGUCUAUACGGUGCGGCCAACUUGACCAACAUCGGUUCGGCCUUAGCAUACCCCAUCACUUCUCCAGACAAUAUUUCAAACUGUGUUCCUGCGGAAGACGGCUUUAUCCCCGGAGACGCUGUAAGAGGCAAUGCUUGUUGCCCUCCAACCACACAGACUACCGCAGUUCCUUACGUCUUGCCUAAGUUCACCAAACUUCGUGUUCGACCUGCGGCAGAUCGACUUUCUGAAGAGUACAUCGCAAAGUAUCAAUUAGCGAUCAAGCGCAUGAAGGAACUUCCAGACGAAGAUCCACGCAGCUGGAAACAACAAGGUAAGAUCCAUUGUGCGUACUGCAAUGGAGCUUACAGUCAAUAUAUGAAUGGUCAUCCGGAGCUAAAAAUCCAGGUUCACAACAACUCGCUUUUUUUUCCUUUCCACCGCUGGUACCUAUAUUUCUAUGAGCGGAUCUUGGGUAGCUUAAUCGAUGAUCCAACUUUCGGUUUACCAUACUGGAACUGGGACAAUCCCAAGGGAAUGUUGCUUCCAGACAUGUUUGAAGCCCCUUACCCUAACCCAGACCCUACUAAACCACCCAAUCCCAAAUUCAACCCAUUGUUUGACCCUUACCGAAAUUGCGCACACUUACCUCCCGCCAUCGUCGAUCUCGAUACUUCAAGUGCAGCUGGUGACAAAAGCUGUGCACACCAGCAGAUAAGCGAAAAUCUAUCUGCAAUGUACACUCAAAUGAUUGGAACCACCACGGCACUUCCAGAUGCCUUUUUUGGUACCAAUUAUGAUCCAGAUCCUUCCAAGAUUCUGGCUGGGCGUAUAGAGAGUGGUGUUCACACAGCGGUGCACAUAUGGGUGGGUAACCCUAGGAUGCCUAACAAUGAGGACUUGGGGAACUUUUACUCGGCCGGGUAUGAUCCAGCCUUUUACGUACAUCACUCCAAUGUCGACCGCAUGUGGCAAAUCUGGAACGAGCUGGACUUCAGAAACGUAAAUCCAUGUAACGACGACUGGCUGAAUGCAUCAUUCGUGUUUUACGAUGAGAACCAAAGACUUGUACGUGUCUAUAACAAAGACUGCGUAGACAUCAACAAGAUGGGAUACACUUACGAACCUUCAAGACUCACAUGGCUCCAGGGUCGCCCGAUUCGUCGAGUUAAGGCGUCCAACAUUGCAGCUAAUUCAUUUGGGGUUGUGAAGAAGGUGGAGGAGAUUGAGUUUCCUGUGAAGUUAGACCAGGCGGUGAAGGUUCUAGUGAAGAGACCAGCAACAAAGAGGAACGAGGAUGACAAGAUGAAAACUAGUGAAAUGCUAUUUUUGGAGGGGAUCAAAUACAACGGUGAGCAGUUUUUCAAGUUUGACGUGUUGGUGAAUGAUGUAGACGAUGGGAUCGAGACCACUCCGGUUUCAAGCGAGUUUGUUGGUACUUUUGCCCAGGUGCCACAUAGCCUCGGAGGGAAUAUGGUCAUGACGAGUGGAGCGGCGUUUGGGCUCACACAGCUUUUGGAGGACCUUGAAGCUGAAAAUGAUGAGUAUGUUUUGGUUACUUUGGUGCCAAGGGCAGGGGCAGAAGAUGCCACCAUUUCCAAGAUCAACAUUCAGCUGGUUCCCCUCGCUAAUUAAAACUCGUCGAUGUAACUGCAUCAUCAAUCUUCGUUUGCAUCAGGCAUGGUUACGUGUCUGUAUGGUUCCGGUGACGAGCUUUUAUAGUUCUUGUAACCUAAUAAUAAUUUCGUUUCAAGUUUAGCCACUCACUAGGCAUGUUGAGUGUCACUAGCUCUUUCUUGUAUUUGGACUUCGAUUAAUAAACUUUAUCAAGUAAUGUUUCGGUUAA